UACUUCUCAGUCAUCUUCCUUCUUUCGAGCAUGCUUUAUUUCCAAAGCGAGAAGCCGUCAUGGGAGACCUUUUUUCCUUAUUUUGGGAGGUGGAUCCUCCUCCCCUACCUUUAAGUUUUCCUAUUCCAAGUCAGGAUUAUGAAUGCCAGAAGGAUGACUCUUGCGGGGCAAUAGGGAGCUUCCUGCUUUGGUAUUUUGUCAUUAUAUUGGUCCUGAUGUUCUUUUCGCGGGCUUCUGUCUGGCAGAUGUCAGAGAAGAAAAAGGAGGAAGACAGUGGGACCAGCACCUCGGUCAGUAAAGCAAGCAAAGAUACUUCCUUUAAGCGGCAAAGCAAAGAUGGUGACUGGGCCUCUUUACAAAUGAUGAAAAAACCAAAGCAGAGCCAACUCACCCCUAUAACUGACUCUGAACUGGCUUUGCUCAACGCCUCUCUGGAACAAAGACGAGCCAGGUGCCAUUCUCAAUUCAGCCGGGUGAAUCAGACCCAACGUGAUAGUGAUUCUACCGAGUGUGACGGUGAAGACUCUAACUCGGGAGCCUCUUCGUGGAAGGAGAGUGAAAGUGAACAUCACCCAUCGCCAGCUAGUAUUCAGAAGAGGAAAAUAGCUCAGAGGCAAAGGAAUGCGGGAAGCUACCAAACCAGGGAAAGGCCCUGCCUCCACUGCAAAGCCAUGAGAACCAGUGAGUGGUUGACACGCCAUUUCCUUCAAAACACUUCAGGGACAACCCACACGAAGGCAGAUAUUCAAGAGGAAAAUCGUGUACCUGACAUUAGCACAAAGUACAGCAAAAUUUGAAUUUAAUCAAGUCCUUACCUUACGCGAAGCCAAAUGAAAGAGACGAAUAAAACACAAAAAAAUCACCAGAGCUCUAGGUAGGGAGGCUUUUACAAUAGAGUCUCUCUACUAACAACAAAAACAUACUCGGAACCCAAGAGGUAAAAUUUCUGAUAAUCCUUUGUCCAAAAACAGGCCAGUGAAUUUGUUUAUGGUACCGUUAGAACAUCAAAGGUCUGCAUCUCCUAUGGGUUUUUUUUUUUUUUUCAAAAGAGCAGAAGACAUAUAUUAUUCCUUGCGUAUUUGUAUUUUGUUUAUGUCUGUACUACAAACAAGGAAGCUCUUUGAAAAUAUAUUUAUGUUCACAAACCA